GAGUGCUGACAUGUAUUUUGUCUUAAAAGUUUCGGUUUUUGUUUUCUUAUGAUUAUUGGAUUUUGGUGUUUUCGAUGAACUAUUGCGCUAACAGUAAAUAAUAUGGAUACAAUUGAAUCGUUGGACGAAAAAGAUAGUGGCCCUGAGGUUCAAUUAAACUUUCCCGCCUCAGUGAUGAGCAGAAUUGAGGAAUUAAUGGGCGGCAGUGAACAUUUUGAUAGCGACGAAUUUGAUGCAGUAGCCUACAUCAAUCGUGUGUUUCCAACGGAACAAUCACUAUCAGGGGUUGAGGCGGCAGCCUCUAGAUGUGAAUUCCGUUUAGCAGCUGUUCAACAUGACAUCCGGAGGCUGGUACAGGCCCAACACGAUCAAAGGAAAGUCGGCCACCAGGCGCUGCUGGAAGCCCAGAAGUGCAUCUCGGAGUUGUCGUUGCAGGUAGCGGAUAUAAACAAGAAAUCAGAACGCAGUGAAGGUAUGGUCCGCGAGAUCACAUCUGAAAUAAAGCAAUUGGAUUGUGCCAAGUGGAAUUUGACGGCAGCCAUCACGGCGCUGAACCAUCUUCAUAUGUUGGCUGGCGGAGCCGCGUCUUUGAGGACAUUGGCUCAGAAUCGACAGUAUAAAGAACUCGUCUUGCCAUUGCAGGCCAUUAUGGAGGUGCUCCAACAUUUAGAGAAUUAUCGCGAUAUUCGCGAGUUGAACGCACUAAGAGAAGAAGUGCACUCGAUCCGUGCGAAUCUCGCUGAACAAAUAUUGGCGGAUUUUAAACAGGCCUUCACUGGUGGUAGUAAAAGCACCAUUUCCCAACGGACAUUGAGCGAGGCCUGUGGAGUGGUCGAUGUGUUGGAGUCUAAAGUGAGGCAAGAUCUGCUGAAAUGGUUUAUAGGACUGGAGUUACAGGAGUACGAACACCUGUUCUCCCCCGAACAAGAAUGCGCCUGGUUACCGCAAAUAGCGAGGCGCUACUCGUGGCUCAAGAAGCACCUGCUGGCCGUCGAGCAGACCAAGGGAGCUAUAUUCCCAGCGGCCUGGCGGCUCAGCGAGAGGAUCGCUCAUCACUUUUGCAAGAUAACCCGGGAAAGUCUAACGUCCCUAAUGUCGUCCCGUAGGAAUGAAAUCGACUGCAAAUUAUUGCUUUACGCGAUACAACAGACGCACAACUUCGAAUUAUUACUUCAUAAACGAUUUAUUGGCACAGAGUUGGGACCAGAAGCCGAAGCAAAUUUGGAAGAGAUCUCCUUUGAUGAUUACAUUGAGAAUAUCGAAGAUGUGACGUCACACAAAAGUCCGUGGGUGGGUGUGGUCGGAAAAUGCUUUGAAGAGCAUCUUUCCCUGUACAUAAGCAGUCUUGAUAAUAAUCUCCGGUCGCUUAUGGAUCGGUUUAUUCAGGAAGCUAAGAAUAUCGAGAUCAGCGACUGCGAGGGGAGUGGGUCGGGAGGGGUGUUGGCGAGUUGCGCGGAUCUCUUUCUCUUCUAUAAGAAAUGCCUCGCACAAUGCGCCACUUUGUCCACGGGGGAUCCGAUGUUAGAACUGUCGGCCGUGUUCGGGAAAUAUCUCCGCGAGUACGCGGGGUCGGUCCUUCAGAACGCAUUACCGAGGAGUAAUUCCAACACAGUCAACAAUAUUGUCACGAACAUACACACAUUUCUCAAGGACGAGAGUGUUGUGAGAUAUACAAAGCAGGAAAUCUCGAAGAUCACGAGUGUAAUAACAACGUCCGAGUACUGCUUGGAGACGACUGUUCAUCUCGAGCAAAAGUUGAAAGAAAAAAUUCACCCGAGUCUGUCCAAUAAAAUCGAUUUGGGCCCCGAACAAGAUUUAUUUCACAAAAUGAUCAGCACCUGCAUUCAAAUUCUAGUCCAAGAUCUGGAGCUGGCCUGCGAGCCGGCUCUGUGCUCUAUGACCAAAAUAUCGUGGCUCCACUUCGACACGGUCGGCGACCAGAGUUCCUACAUCACUCAAGCGAUUAUGCAUUUGAAGAACUCGAUACCGAUCUUGAGAGAUAAUCUCGCGUCGUCCCGGAAGUAUUUCACCCAAUUCUGUAUCAGAUUCGCCAAUUCUUUCAUCCCUAAAUUCAUUCAAAACAUCUACAAGUGCAAGCCGAUCUCCACCGUCGGCUCCGAGCAGCUGCUGCUCGACACGCAUAUGUUGAAGACGGUGCUCUUGGAGCUGCCGUCCCUCGGCUCGGAUGUCAAACGUCAAGCGCCGACGACGUACACGAAAGUCGUCAUCAAACUGAUGACGAAAGCGGAGAUGAUUUUAAAGUUGGUCAUGGCGCCGUUGGAUAAUAAUUUGGAGGGUUUUGUGGCGCAGUUUCUGCAAUUGUUGCCAGAUAGCACGCUGGUGGAGUUUCAUAAAGUCCUCGAUAUGAAGGGAGCCAAAUUGGGUAAGAGCCAGUUGACCGCUUUGGACGCUCUCUUUAAGGAGACGUCGAGGAGUUGUAGUGAGACUGUCAAAUGAAUGAUUUAAUAUUUGUGGUUUUCGGUUAACUUUAAGAGCGAUUUCAAUCAUCUACAAACAAAAAGCAUAAAUACUAUCAAAUAUACAAACAAUGCAAUUGCUUCUGAAGCUUACAAAAAUAUUCAUUAUUAAGGCAUUAUAAUCUGCUUUAAACAGAUGGUAUAUUAUCGUGAAUUCGACAAAAUUGAAUGGUAUUUGACAUUUCUAGAAUGCCGCCAUUAGUUUCGCACCAAAACAUUUCUAUAUAUAAGCUUUAGUAGCGUUACAACUAAUUCCAAUAGUUUUAAUCAAUUUGCUCAACAUUCGACUUCUCAAGCUGCUAUAAUCUGUUUUGUUAUUAUUUGUUAAAUAUGAAUUCAAAAUCUAGUUCCUUCCUCACAUUGUUAUUUAAAUCACCGAAGAGAAUAUUGAAGUUAAUCGAUCGUGGACCAAAUGAAAAUACAAUGGUUUUCUGUAAAGUCGGUUUACGGACGAUAGUUUAACGUGACCACGUCAUAGUAAAACAAAAUUGAAUUAUCCCUAUUUUGUAUGGAUACAAAGAAGGAGUGAAUCCUCGGGCACAUAAGGCCAAUCGAGGGGAAGUAAGAUAGAGUCAUGCUUUUUCGUGCUUGCAGCCGGCGUUCAUCGAUUUAUUCUUCGCUGUCACGUCAAAAGACGUUCAAAUAGGCGCGAAUCGCUGAGGCUACUUGAUUUUUAUAAAACAGGAAUAUAUUUGAUGCUUGUUUGUGUUAUUAUCGUCCAUAUCGUAUAAGUAUAGAAUCUUAAUUAGAAUAAUUGUUUAUGUAUAUUGGAAAUAAAUUAUUAAUAAAAUUAGAGAUA